AUGUCUCAGCACCCUCAACAACAACAGCAACAGCAGCAACAACAGCAGCAGAAUGAAGUCCAGCAACAGCAGCAACAACAAUUACAUACACAAACUCAGUUUGCUGCAAUGCAACAGUCAUACAACAAACCAAAAUACGGACCCCCAUCCUACAUCAAACCACGCACAUAUCACAAGAUGCACGAAUUUCUAGAAUCUCAAGCUAAUAAAAAACUCACAGAUGAAUACUCAGCCGAAGUUGUACAAACCUUGUCAAAAUUGGAAACUUUAUCCUCAGUCAACCCUUCAAUGAUUGACCUCCAACCAGAAAUCCAAUGGUUUAUGCGUCCCUUUCUAUUGGAUUUCCUAAUUGAAUUGCAUUCCUCCUUUAGAUUACAGCCCCAAACACUCUUUCUUUGUCUCAAUAUCAUCGACAGGUACUGUGCCAAAAGAAUCGUAUUCAAACGUCACUACCAAUUGGUGGGAUGCACUGCGUUAUGGAUCGCUGGUAAAUACGAAGACAAGAAAUCUAGAGUGCCAACCUUGAAAGAGUUGACUACAAUGUGCCGCAACGCAUACGACGAAGAAAUGUUUGUCCAGAUGGAAAUGCACAUAUUGAGCACCUUGGAAUGGUCCAUUGGUCACCCAACAUUGGAGGAUUGCUUGCAAUUGAGUAUUAGAAGUUCAAACUUGGUAGGGUCAAAUGUCACUCCCUACAGAUAUAACCACAGCAACAACAGGCUGCAAAGCUUACCACAACCACAACCACAAUCACAACCACAAUACCAACAUCAACAUCAGCUACGCACACACCACUACCUGUCAUCCUCAGUACAAGAUGAUCAAUCGGCAAGCACUCUAAGCGCAGUUAGUGCGGUGGGCAGAUUUCUCUGUGAGUUAUCAUUGUACGACAAAUUUUUUCUCUCUGUACCUACAAGCUUAGUUGCCAUGACAUGCAACUUGUUGGCUUGUUCAAUGUUGCAAAUCCCAACUGCUGCCAACACACUAAAGGACUUACUCGAUGAAGUAAUUGUUGAACCAAAAAGAAGACAAUUGUUGCAAGAAAAAAUGAAACUAAAGAUGAUGAUGAAGAUGAAAAACCAAAGAAAGCAAACUUUUAGAAACCAAAACAACAAGUGGGCAAGAAGUCCUGGCAUCCCCAAGCACCCAUUAGUGCAAAAGCCAAACAAUACACUAUACUCCAACACAAAUGGCAGUAACUAUAGCCACCAGAAUCAAAUCGACUUGAGACAUUCAAGUGUCGAUGAAGAUCUCGAUUUGGACUAUGAAGAUAUUAGCGAAGAAUGCGACGAAAGCCAAGACGAGGAUGGCGAUGAUGCUGAUGAUGAUGAUGAUGCUGAUGACGACGACGACUAUUUCUAUGAAGAUGAGCACAACAGCACCAACGAUACUACAUUUGACGAAGAGAUUGAAAAUAAACAUCCAGAGAUAUAUGGCUCAUUUUUGAGUGGGUUGGAUGAAAAUUGCUUAUUGACAAUGAAGAAGGUCGCACUCAUGUUGAUCAUCCAAUUAAACAAAGCCACCGAGGUGCUCACAAAGAAAUAUGAAGCAUUGGGUGUCAUUCAAGUGAUUCGUAACUUUCACUCUAAAAAUGCAUUUGUGAUACAAACCAUUCAUGAAAACAAAGACAAUGUCAUUAACAAUACUAAUCAAGAGCAACUCGACUUGAAGCUAGUGCAAAUUGCAGAAAUGCUUUUACAGUUUCCAGUAUUGAGUGACCCAGAGUUGGACACCGAAGAUGAAGAUGAUAUGGGGUACGAUACUGAGGAAGACUGUGAAGAUUACUUUAGCAGCAGCAACCAACACAACACAAAUGUCUUUAAUGGGGGGUUCCUUAACCCACGAUCAUCACCACACCCUUUUUCAUCAUCAACCUUGAGUUUUGAGUCAAAUAAUAUGAAUCCACCUGUAACACCACCUUCAGCAACAUCACAAUAUUCCCUAUUUUCUAAUAAACGAACCUGCACCACUGGUGGAAGUCAAACAACAAUAAAUAGCAUGAGCGAAAGGGAAAAUGGAGAUACAGGGAUAGGACUUGGUUCUGAAAAUGGAAAAGGAGUCGGAGCUAGUGGGCUGACAGCUAGUGGCUCAAAUGGUGGCACACCUACACAUUUUCCCAUUUCUUCGUUUCAGCCACCGCAGUUGCCUAUCUCAAGAUCAAGCUCAUUACGUAGAGCAAAAUCUUCAAAGAUUCAGAAAAAGAGAACGGGCCCGAUAACGGGUAAUGUUACAAAUUUCUCACCAAUAAAGAGUAGUGUUGGUGGCAACAAUUCAACAACUGCUAUCAAUACUAGCUCGCCAUUGAUGAACCAACAUUUUUAA